AUGAACUCUACAGCACCUUCGGAUAUGUCAAGGAUGGACGUCUUGGGGUUGAACCUCUCAAACCCAAGUUCACAAUUGACAGCGUCUCAUAACGCUCACCCUUAUGCUUCAUCGAUCUCCUCCUCCGCUUCCUCCUCUUCUUCCUCUGUCUUCUCUCUCGAUUGCGUCUCAUCCAGUGCGAUAUCUUCGACGUCGACCAACCCAGUUGAUGUGAUUUGGGAGAAUGAAGGCAAUGGUCAGGGAAGGAAUACCAAUGGAGCUUAUCCUCAGGCUAUGGCCCAGGGAUCGGCUCCCAAGGUGGACGGUGUAGUGCCAUCCGAGUUGCGAACGCACCCUCGGCGCACUAACAGUUAUGCUUCUAGCGCCCCAAGCGCACGCCCUCCGCCAUGUCUGCUACGGCAGUCGGAACGGAAGGUGAACUUCGUCGAUAACCUCGUCGACACCGCAUCACAGAUCGUUGAGACCAUUUGGCCCCUCUCCGCCGCGGCAUCGCGCAGUGAUGCCGCGACCGGAUCGAAAGGGGUUCUUCCCCUCCGCACCUUUAUCCAGGAAACACUUCGCCGCUCGCGUACUAGUUACAGUACCUUGCAGGUGGCCUUGUAUUAUUUGAUUAAAAUAAAGCCUCACGUCCCUACACAUGACUUCACAAAGGAGCAGCCUCGGGAUCAUUCGCUAUUGCGGGCGAUGCAGUGUGGGCGUCGGAUGUUUCUGGCGGCACUGAUCCUCGCUUCGAAAUAUUUGCAGGACCGCAACUACUCCGCUCGCGCCUGGAGCAAGAUCUCUGGCCUCAACACUCUUGAGAUCAACCAGAAUGAGCUCAUGUUCCUCAAGGCCGUCGGAUGGCGCCUGCAUAUUGACGAGGCGACUUUCCAGCGCUGGACAGAUCUCGUCUUGAAGUUGACCCCUGGUGCCGGUGGCCCCCCGGUCGCUGAAGGUCAGUGCUGGCAGACUGUUCUCCCCAGACUCUCUCCUGAACUGGAAUUUGUAGAGUCCGAGCCUCUGACCCCGGCCUCGGCUAUGGGUGGUACUGAGCUCGAUUUGUCGGAGUCCCCAUCGCCUCGGAGUAUGCCGAGAAACGAGUCGAUCCGCUCCCGGGACCAAACCCCAGCCUGUCCUCGGAGUCUUCCACGGACCUUGGAGCCGACUCCGCGCAUGGACUUCUCCAAUUUGGCUAUGCCCGGUAUCCCGCGGCCUACGAUGCUUCCUACGCCUCAGAUGACCCCCCAGUCACAGGUGGCCUCUACUCCUGCUGUGAGUAUGGCUGCCUACAACCGCCGCCCUUCCAUCUGUACGGCCAUGUCCCAGGCGCAGAAUGCUUGCAUGGCGCGAUCGACCCUCGAUCAGCGCCCGCCUAUGUCUUUCUGCCCCAGGACCCAGUCGUUCGAUGGUUUCCCGGCUGCGGUUCGUCGGUCAUCUUUGGCUCGCUCGAGCUCUUCAGCCUCGUCGCCAGAUUCGAUGGUCUCGGAUGUGUCUACCUUGUCUUCUCGCUCUUCGCGGUCGUCAUCAGUCUCCUCCAACGCCUCGGGCAUCUCUGGCUCAGCUCCUGCUCGCUUGGCCGUCAAGGCGACUUUGCGAUGCACAAGCAACUCACUCAAGGAGUCACGGAAGACUUUGGCUAUUGCCUCUCCAAUCGACGAGAGUUCUCUGGUCGGUGUCUACGGCUCUCCCGAGUAUCCAAGUUCCAUGACAUCUUCCGUCCCAGACCUGUCCAAUUUCACCCUGGACUCCAGCCUGAGCGAAGCUGCUCAAAGUCUCUGCGAACUUUCCGGUGCGACCCCCGAACGGCGCCAGUGCCGGAAACGUGGACGGACUGGUUCCGACGACUUAUUGCUUCAAAACCAUGUGCGUCACCUGAUCAACCUCGGAGCCUCUGGAGACUCUUCCGUGUUGCCUGAUGGACAAUUACCACACUCGUUUAUGUCACAUGUGAACUCUAUUGCACCCAUACGAACUAGUCCAGUCUCCGGACCAGCAGGCAUGAAGCGUGCCUGCUGUGGCAGUGAAGCACGCAAGGUCGCUCUAAAUCCGAGCCUCCGGGUUGCGGAAUACUUGAAUUGA